AUGGAAAACAAAUUGACCCUGAGGGCCAUCUUUCUCUUCACUGUCUAUUUUACAAGCAGCCUUACAUCAGGAACAGAUUGCCAAGCAUCUCUUCAUGCUAAUAAAAGACAGCCCCGCUCUGCUUCAACCAAGGAAAAGCUAACAGUUUACAGGAAUGAGUUUGUUGAACUCGGCACCACAGUCACCUUAAAGUGCAGCAACACAAAGAUCGCAUGGAAUGACAUGAUUUUUGUCAUCUGGAAAAUUCCAAUGCGAGACACAUACUGUAUAAUUGCUGUUGCUAAAAAUGAUUCAGACCAUGACACCUGCCAUGAUGGGAAAAAGCAGAACCACACAGCCGAUGGAACAUACCACCUGAUCAUCCCAAAGUUUUCUGUUCAAGAUGAAGGAAAUUACACCUGUGACACGUUGUACCAAGAAGGUGGUUCAGUAGAAAUAAUCAGAGUGUCUGCCUGGGCUCGUCCACACCUAACUGGCUGGCUGGAAAAUGAAGGAGGACACACUGUGGCUGUGUGUGAAGCUACAGGCAAGCCAGCAGCCUCCAUUUACUGGGAAACACCAUGGAACUCCUCCUCCAUCACACAGACUUCUAAGAAUACAGGGCAGCUUUCCACAGUGAUUAGCCGCUUAUACCUUCCUCAAAAUACUUCGUAUAGAAACCUCAUUUGUGUAGCCACUGCUAAUGACGCCAUGCACACCGUGACACGAUUUAGCAACUUCACCUUCACCUUCAUAGAUAAUGUCAAAAGGCCCAUUAUUGUUUAUUUUGUACUCGGCUCCAUCAUAGCUUCUUUAACUGGACUCUACAUCAUGCGCAAAAAACUCACAAUAAUAAGUGUUUUUAGAAAACUUUGCUGCAAACCCAAUAACCAACUGGUAAAAUAUUUUCUUGGUGAUAAUUAUUUUCAGCCUAACAACCCUGAUGAAGUCCAAAUCUACACUGACCUGCAAAGUGGGCCUUCUAUCUACAACACUUUGUUCCCAACUGUGCAGGAAACACAAGCUCAAACAGAGAUAUAUGUAAAUACAGAAAGACAUCACUGAUAAUAGCCAGUCUCUAAUGUGCCUCAUGACAUGAGGUUUGCUCUCAGCUAAUGCAAAUUUAACAGUAUGAUUUCUGAUUUAGCAUUCAUAAUUUUUGACCAAUUACUGCAAUGAUACAGGAGCUACCUGUAAACUAUGCUUUUCUGCAUUUUCCCACAAAGCGGUAGUCAGGAAUGUUCUGAUGUUGAAAAGCAUUUCCGUAUAACAUUGCAAA